AUGGAACUAUCUCCCAAGACACAGGUUUGGUGGAGAUAUUUGCAUCCAAAGCCGGAAAAGUGGGCAGUAAAGUUGGAAAAUGAUAAAUUUGCCAAACCUGGGGGUGUGGUUGUCUGGUCUAGUCAAUUUGUCACCUGUCGAGUCGUUCCUCAGAAUACGAAAAGAUCGUUUCUGCAAGCUCAAGAUUAUCUUCAACAACUGGAGAAAUUAGUAACGAAAUAUGCUAACGAGGCACCCUCCGAAAUCAAGGAUUGGCUUCCGUACGUUACGGCGGCCGCCAGCGGAAUCUUUGAAAUCGGUAAAAACAUUCAUGCUGGAUACCAAUUCGACCGUGCGGUCGAUAGUGGCAAGAAAUGUACUGGAUCCGUGAGCACAAUUAUGAAAGUAGGGGCUGCCGCAGAGAUGCUUGCUCUCGCUGUGCAGUUUUGGCGUUUGCGAGAGUUUACAAAGCUUACUGGAAGGGCGACAAAUUUGCGAGACGAAUCCAGAGAAAAGUUAAAGCAAGCUGUGCAACUGAUGGGGGAAGCAGAAAAGCUUAUUAAAGGUUUCGAAUCAUUUUACAAGGUCGAAGGUAAAAAGGUUAACAUCUGGCAAAUGAAUAAGGCGACAAGAGCAAUAUAUACUAUCUUGGACACCAUAAAGGAUUGUAUCAUUGGGCUCGAGUUUAGAGUAGGAAACCAAAUUCUUCAACUGAAGGGUACGGGGAUUUUUCUGGAUUCACUCUCAAGCAUUGCGUUCGGAGGACUUUCAAUGGUUUCUUCAGGAUUGGCCAUGAGCAUGGGCAACCCUGUCUUGGGACUUGUAGGACUUGGUGUUGGGUUGAGUCGAGUUUUCAUGGGUGGGAUUGGUAUAGCAGCAUAUGAUGCCUCCCUGGAUUUAAUUAAAGAAUUGGAAGUCGAGCUGGCGAAAAUUUUAAAGUUAGGAUUAGAAUAUAAAGAGUUGAAGGACAAAUUUGAGAAACUAGUUGACAGUAUUGACACUAGGGACGAAGAUGGCGAUGAGUGUGUAAUUACCGUCAAAUGAUUCUAUGCCCGUAUUCAGUAUGCAGCUAGCCGUUAUACAAGUAUUGCUAUUAUGAAAUAUCUGAAAGUGUCAAUUUGUUAAAAAAUAAUUGUUAACAGUUUUGUUUUUGUUAAUUUUUUGAUUGAUACCAAUGAAACCCAACCUUUGUAAAAAGUUAGUUAUUAAGGAAAACCUGAACUCCAACCAAGUUAAUGUUUAUAAUAAUAAUUGAUUUAUUGCAUCAUAGCCAACAGCCUUUGCACAUCAUGA